AUUAGAAACAAAGCAAUGUAGGUGUUUCUUUUGCAUUCAGUCAUUAGAAUGUUAAAUGUUGGUGUUCGUUUACGAUUGGGAGUUGGUAAGUGAAAAUGUACUAUAAUGUCAAAAAAGGUUCUCGAAUGCAGCCAUUUGCUUUUUGAAAGCUACUUGGGAGAGAAAGGUACUGCUGUUGCAAGUUCUCCAGACGGUUCUUUGUUUGUUGUCGGCACUGCUGGUGGAUGUUUAUUUUUUUUUGGAAGGUUCGGGAGUGGUUGGAGGUCUUGUUUGCUUCCAAAUGUUUGUGAUGGAGAAAUUUUGCGUGUAAAAGUGCUUUCAGAAAACGUUGUGUGUUUCAUUGUCAACAACGAUGAGUGUAUUAAUUUUGUUUCCUGGAAGGGCGAUCUGUUUAGUGAAGAUUCUGCUGCAACUAUAGCGUCUCGUGUUACUGUCAAGAAGGAAUUUGCUGCCAGGGAUGUCUUGUUUUCAGAACGCUCGUUUGGUAAUAUUCAUACUUUUGAUGUUGCCCAGUAUGGUCGUUUGUGUUGGUUAGGUUGUAGUGGCGUCCUUAUUUUGGCUAAAUUUUGUGGUGUAACUGAAUCUAGUUGGGAUUCCCUUUCUCUUUCUUGUUACAACUCAUUCAACUGUUUUUCUGGAAUGGUUUUUUCGUUAAAUUCUCGCCUAGAUGGGCAGAGAGUGAUCUAUUCCACUUCCGAUAACACGAGCUUACAUGUUUUGGAUGUUGAGGCGUCCAAACUGCAUUGUCACACAUCCUAUCAUGGGCAUGAAGAUUGGAUUACUUCUGUGAAAAUUGGUGAAGCAAAUGAAAAUCUUUUUAUAUCUGGUGACUCCAGUGGACAAGUUUGCUUUUGGGAUAGUCGCUGUGGGGAACCUUUAGUUGCUAGCUGGCCAUUUUUUCGUUCCAUAACUUUUGUUGAUCUUUUGAGCAAUCCUUUGCGAAUGAUGUUGGCGUUUGGACCUCACGAAGAUUACAUUAUUGAAAAUGAAGAACCGCAUUAUCGUGGUGUUUUGUUUUCUUACAUUGACUUGCGUAAAUGUCUAUUUGAUAGAGGUUGUUGUGAGCAACGACAAGUCAAGGAUGAUGAAACUUUCAUGGGGCAAAUCGUUUCAUCUUGUAUGGAAGGUGAUCAAGUUGUUGCCAUGGAUAUGGAUGGACGAAAGAGUCGUAUUAUGUAUACAACCAACGAUGGUUAUAUUCGAGUUGCAAGUAGUAGAUUAUUGGAAGAACAGUUUACCCAGUUGUUACCUUGUUUGAGACAAAGAGAAUUAGGUGUCUGAUAGUCAAACUCCCAAUAAAUACUCUUCAUUCCCUUUGAAAUGGGGAAACGACAUUUCUAGUCCCAAAGAAAAAGUGGCCAGUUGAA